CCCCUGGCGAUGGCGAUCUAUUCUAUCUAUCACUUGGUAUGCAAGAUGCACCCGGAACAAACUCCCAUUCUCUCACUGCACUCCCCGGAAGUCAUUUGGUCUCGCUACGCUACGCCUCUUCCCUGCCGGCACGAAUCCUUUAGUGUCGUCCCCAAGCGCCCCAGACCAUCUCUGGCACAUAUACCGCGUACGAGAACUACAUAGUUCCAAGCGAGGCCUCAACAAGUAACGACCUACAAAAGCGUCGAUUAUCCCCGGCGUCCUCUUGAGACCGUCCGCCAGUCAUCGCGACAGUGCCCGCGGGCAGCGAACCGCUCGGAGGAUACUCAGCUACCACGAAAGACAACAAAAAAAGGAAAGGAAAGCAAAAAGAACGAAAAGAAAUUGACAAGGGUGGGAUUCGAACCCACGCCCCUUGCGAGACACGGAAGCUUGCCGAAGCAGAGCUUAAGAGAUCCAGUAACCUGAACCGUGCGCCUU